AAGCGUUACUUUAAUCAGAUAUCGCGUUCCUAUAGAUUCUGGAAUCACUAGUCAGGCACACGCCCUCCACAUUCCCAUCCCCUCUCUCUACAUAAAACAUUCUACGUUGGCACUGCUCAAAAUCCAGAAGAAAUUAUUCAAUAUAUCGGAUCAUCGGAGCUCGAUUCCUCGCGCUUAAACCUUUCAUUUCUGCAGCGGCUUCUUAUAGACAGACUUCAGAAAAUGAUCAUAGGAGCAGUUUCAGUUUGCUCUAUUGCUAACCAGGCAUCAUUUUUGUAUCAUGCUAGGUUCCCAGAUCCCUCAGAAGUCAACUUAUAUGGGCUCUCCUCAUUUCUGCCUUGUAAAUCUGGCAUUAAAAUUCCAGAUUAUGGGAAUCACAUAUUUCUUCUUCAAGGUCGAGACAAACUCACCCCAAGAGCUGCAUAUAGCAUGCCACCUGAACGUGAGGAUGCUCAAAGACAGAGCUCUCCUCAUUCCUCAGAUUAUCACUUAUUUGUUUUUCCUGAGAAUGAUGAGAAUCUUGAAGAACCGAGAAAAGGAAGAGCUGCCUCCAGAAUGCAGCCCAGUAUUGAUCUUCAACAAAUUGCUGAAAAGCAGGGAAACCAAGUGACUAUUCUUGAUAAGCUGAAGGCAGUUCAUUUGCACAUUCUAGCUAUGGAACAGUGGAAUGCGUCAAGGCUUAAACUGUGUCACCGAAAUUACUCAGCAAGUGCUAUAAACGUGUUGCACUAUUUGGCACUGAAAAGCCUGGAUACAGAACAGAUCAAAGAAGAGCUUUCCUCUAUUGGGCUUAUGAAUUUAGAGACCAUAAAUACACAUGUUCUUUCAAGUCUUUCUGGAUGUAUUGAAAUGCUUAUUAACUCAAGAUCAGAUUCUCUCCUUGGCAUAAAAGUUUCUGGUGAAGGGCUCCCUGUUCAUCAAAGCUUGGGCAAUCAAAAUAUAGACCUUGGAAUGACAGCAAUGGUGAAAAAUUCAUCUUCUAAUAGAGACCUGCUUCUGGGAAAACUUCAAAACCAGAAAAUGGCUCAUAUCAUGGUAACGGUUGGGCAAGAGGCAGCAGAAAACGAUAUGCAUAUAACAGACCUCAUCAAUUCAGGGGCCACGAUCUUUCGUAUCAACUGUGCUCAUGGAAACCCAGAGUUAUGGAGUAAGAUAAUCACUACUGUGAAGAGAUGUUCUCGUCUUCUGGAGAAACCUUGUCGGAUCCUCAUGGACUUGGCUGGACCAAAGCUUCGAACUGGAAGACUGAAGGAUGGUCCAUGUGUAGUGAAAAUCUCCCCCAAAAGGAAUGCACUUGGUAGGGUUAUAUGUGGAGCCCAAGUUUGGCUGAGCCCACAAGGAGCAGGCCCACCACCUUCGCACCUGUCCCCUGAUGUUAUUUUGCAAGUGGAUGGUGAAAAAUUUCUCAGCAAGUUGGAGGUUGAUGAUUCUGUGAGAUUCACUGACGCCCGUGGAAAACGGAGAAGUCUCCGAAUCUUAAGCAAGUAUCCUGUUUUUUCUGGUGCUGGAUUGAUGGCUGAAUGCAGCAAAACUGCGUAUCUUGAGUCUGGCACUGCAUUAUAUAUUAAGGAGAAAGGGAAAAAAUCUUCAGUUGGAUUUGUUGCUAGUGUUCCUCCUGCAGAGCAAUUUGUUAGAUUGAGAGUUGGUGACUUGCUGGUUUUAUCUCGGGAUAGCUCAGACGAGCAAGAUACAUCACCUUCUUCAGCAGUUGGCACCCAUAAGAUGACUUGCCCUUGUGGCUAUCUGUUUGAUUCAGUAAAACCAGGAGACCCCAUUGCUUUUGAUGAUGGAAAGAUAUGGGGAGUUAUUAAAGGAACUAGCAUUUCAGAAGUUGUCGUAACAAUCACUCAUGCUGGUCCUAAAGGUACUAAACUGGGUUCAGAAAAAUCCAUAAAUAUUCCCCAGAGCGAUAUCCGGUAUGAAGGUCUGACUUCAAAGGACCUUAUAGAUCUCGACUUUGUAGCUGCACAUGCUGACAUGGUGGGUAUUUCAUUUAUUCGAGAUGUUCAUGAUAUUGUUGUCUUGCGUCAAGAGCUUUCAAAAAGAAAAUUUUCAAAGUUGGGGAUUGUGUUGAAGAUUGAGACACAAGGCGGAUUUGAGAAAUUGCCCCUCUUAAUACUCGAAGCUAUGAAAUCAGAAAACCCUUUAGGAGUGAUGAUUGCUAGAGGAGAUCUUGCAGUGGAAUGUGGAUGGGAGAAGCUUGCCGAUAUACAGGAAGAGAUUAUGUCCAUUUGCAGUGCCGCCCAUCUACCAGUAAUUUUAGCAACGCAGGUUCUGGAAUCACUUGUCAAGACCGGGGUGCCUACUAGAGCGGAAAUCACAGAUGCUGCCAAUGGAAGGAGGGCUAGCUGCGUGAUGCUCAACAAAGGUAAUCAUAUUGCGAAAGCUGUAUCUACUCUCGACACCAUUUUAAAUAGCCAAUGCUUAAAUGCUAAAGCAGAACUGAAGCCUCUGAUUUUAGUCAAUCGUGUAGGUUGAUGGCUUCCAAUCUUCAUUUCUUUUUCUUUAUUUUCACUGUACAGUGUGUGAAAUGUACAACUCUCUUUGCUGUGAUAAACAUUUAGAUGUAAAAGCACUAUACUAUUCUCAUCAGUCAUCAGUAAUGGAGCCUGGCCUCACUAUUUUACCCCAA